AUGGCGUGUGUUGUACCUGAAAAGUUUGAACGUCUACCAGAAAUAGCAAAACCAAUACAUUACUCAUUAACUUUAUCACCAGAUCUGAACAAUUUCACAUUCGAUGGUGAAGAAAUAACUGAUGUGGAGAUUUUGAAACCCACUGACCACUUGAAGUUACAUUCGAGUGAGAUUGAAAUCAAAAAUGCUAAACUUAUUCUCAGUGAUGGAUCAGAAUAUGACCAAAAGUGGAUGACAGCAACUCUUACAUUACCGAAGGUGAUUUCUCCUCAAACUGCGAAGAUAGCUAUGGGUUUUAAAGGUGUAUUAAAUAAUAACAUGCGUGGUUUUUAUCGUUCGUCUUACAAGAGUGUUGACGGAAAAGAGUGUUAUUUAGCGACAACACAAUUUGAGAGCACAUUCGCUCGUCUUGCAUUUCCUUGCUGGGAUGAACCUUUAUAUAAAGCGAAAUUCGACAUUUCUCUGAUAGUGGACGCUAACCUUACAGCACUUUCAAAUAUGAAUGUGAUUAGUGAGACAAAGAUGGAAAAUAAGAAAAUUGUGAAAUUUGAUACAACACCGAUCAUGUCAACUUAUUUAGUUGCAUUUGCUGUAGCGGAACUCGAAUACGUUGAGGAUAAGACCAGUGAUGGCUGUGUAGUACGCGUAUAUACAGUACCAGGUAAAAAGGAGCAGGGAAGGUUCUCUUUGGAAAUUGCUGUUAAAGCACUUGAAUGGUAUAACAACUGGUUCAAUUUCAAAUAUCCGUUACCUAAAUGUGAUCUCAUCGCUAUUCCCGAUUUCAGCAUGGGUGCUAUGGAAAACUGGGGCCUGGUGACGUAUCGAGAAAUAGCAUUACUGGUUGAUCCAAAUAAAACUUCUACGAGACAGAAAUCUCGUAUUGCACUUGUUGUAGCUCACGAGCUAGCACAUUUUUGGUUUGGUGAUCUUGUAACAAUGAAAUGGUGGACUGAUUUGUGGUUGAAAGAAGGUUUUGCUUCGUUUAUGGAAUAUAUGUUUGUUAGUGCUAAUUAUCCAUGCUUCAAAAUAUGGUUGCAUUUUGUAAAUGACGAACUUGCUGCAGGCUUUGAACUGGAUUCUUUGAGAAACUCACAUCCAAUCGAAGUUGAGAUAGAUAAUCCAAAUGAGUUAGAUGAAAUUUAUGAUUCAAUAACAUACGCAAAAUCAAAUUCCAUCAACCGAAUGUUGUGUAACUACUUAGAUGAAGCCGUAUUUCAAAAAGGGUUACAAAUAUACCUUGAAAAAUUCAAAUAUAGAAAUGCAGAGACUAAUGAUUUGUGGCGCGCACUAAGCGAAGCUUCGGGCCAAGACAUCACGAAACUAAUGUCAACGUGGACGCAGCAGAUGGGUUUUCCUUUGGUCAGUGUCAGUCAGAAGAUUGAGGGAACAAAAAGAAUUUUAAAAAUGAAUCAAACACGCUUUCUUGCUGAUGGCACUACUGAUGAAAAAAAUUCAAUGUGGCAGAUUCCAAUCACAAUCUCUGUGUCUUCUCAACCAGACAAAGUUAAAGAAAAAGGUCUGUUAAAAAAUGUCGAACAAGAAGUAAUAGUUAGUGACGUGAAUCCCGAUGAAUGGAUAAAGCUGAAUGUUGGAACUACGGGAUUUUAUCGUGUUCUAUAUUCGGAUGAAAUGUUGCAAGCACUGUUACCUGAUUUUGCAUCGAAAAAAAUUCCUGUACUUGACCGAUUUGGCAUUGCUAAUGAUAUAUUCGCAUUAGUAAAAUCUGGACGAGCUCCUGCAAAGCAGUUUUUAUCAUUACUUGAAUCAUCCUCAAACGAAGAUGACUAUACAGUGUGGAGUACGCUUGACGUGGGAAUAUCUUCGCUGUCGAACAUAUUAUCACAUUAUGAUCCUACAGUUCGUGCGAAAUUCAACGAUUUUAUUAUCAAGAUUUUGACUCCACUAGCUAAUCGUCUUGGUUGGGAGGCUCAACCAAAUGAAGAUUCUCAAGUGGGAAUAUUGCGAGCAUUAGUUCUUAGCCGUCUAGGUCGAAGCAAUCAUGAACCAACUAUUAUGACAGCUCGUGAAAAAUUCUUGAAACAUUACAAAAAUAAAACUAACCUAAAUCCUGAUUUACGACUUGCCAUUUACAGUAUGAUCGGAAGGCAUUUUGGUAAAGAAGGAUAUCAAGAACUAAAGGAGAUUUAUGAAACAGUGGGAUUCGGUGAAAUAGAGCGCAACUGUAUUGUUGCGAUGUCACAAACACCUGAUACAGAAUUGCUAAAAUCAGUUUUCGAAUAUGGCAUUGAAAAUGGCAAAGUUCGAGCGCAAGACAUCGUUUAUCUUUUCCAUGGCGCUUGUGGGAAUAAGACUGGGCAAGAUUUCAUUUGGAAAUAUUUUAAAAAUUCAUUUAAACUGUUGCUUCAAAAAUUCGGAAGCGUCAAUAGUUCACUCUUCCAGCACUGUUUCAAGACUAGUGCUGACUGUCAUUGUUCGAGCGCAGUUGCAAAAGAUAUUGAGGUCUUUGUUUGUUCGCAACUGAAACCUGAUGAGGCAAGAACGCUUCACCGCACUACAUUGCAAAUCACUGAAUCAAUUCUGUUGAAUGAGCAAUUGCUCAAACGGAAUGCAGAUGUCAUUAGUGAUUACCUUAAUGCUCAAAGAUAA